CUGUGCGCGCGUCUCGCCCUCCGUCGCCGCCGUACGCUACGUCAGUCGACCCCGUGCAUUGCGGCACGCCGGUCGCCGCGCGAACAUCCUCCGGUAUUCUUUUGCGUUGGGUGCAGAAAGACUAGUAAAAGGCGCGUGAGCUAUCGCGACAGAGUGAGCGAAUAGUAUUUGAGAAAAAGAAAAAAAAGAAACCAGGACAGAGGAAUUUGACAGGCUCGCCAGAGAGGUGGAAGAAGGUCAGAGGAGGAAAGUGGAUGGUAGGAUAAAAACGGCGUGCAGUUCUGUGCGUGUUUUCGGGAGCGAAGGGACAUCGAAGAAAACAUCGAGAAGGGAGUGGACUGACUUUGAAUAGGGUAGGAUAACAGUGAGAGAAUCGAAAGAGACAAAAGAGGUGUGUGCGUGGGGUUAGUGUUGCGUGUGUAAAAGUGCGUGCUAAUACAAGAGAGAGAGGGGGUGUGAAAAUAAGGAGAGAAAGAGAGUGACAGGGUGUUAGAGGGCGGGACGGUGAGGCGAGAGGAAAGCAGCCUGCGAAACCGCGUCCCCCACUUACUAACUUGUUGAGUCUCUGGCUGUGUGCCCGGGUGCAGGGCGAUACCGCGCGAAACGAAAAAAGGCCCGUUUUCAAAAUGACGGCCUCAGUGCUGUUGUUGCUCGGAUUGGGACUGGCUGUACGGGCGAAUACGCGCGACGUACACAACGAUCCUCUGGUCGUCGAGACUACGAGCGGUCUGGUGCGAGGAUUCUCGCGUACGGUUCUCGAUCGCGAGGUUCACGUGUUCUAUGGGAUUCCAUUCGCGAAACCUCCGGUCGGCCCUUUACGUUUUCGAAAACCUCUGCCGAUUGACCCGUGGCACGGGGUGCUCAACGCCACGACUUUACCCAACAGCUGCUUUCAAGAGCGUUACGAGUACUUUCCUGGCUUCGAGGGCGAGGAAAUGUGGAAUCCAAAUACAAACGUCUCCGAGGAUUGCUUGUAUUUGAAUGUAUGGGUCCCGCAGAAGACCAGGCUCAGGCACAAGGGCACCGAACCGUUUGGCAUGGACAAAUCGAAGGUACCGAUACUCGUUUGGAUUUACGGCGGAGGAUAUAUGAGCGGUACCGCCACUCUCGAUGUUUACGACGCGGACAUUAUGGUCGCUACUAGCAACGUGAUCGUCGCCUCGAUGCAAUAUCGGGUCGGGGCCUUUGGAUUUUUGUAUCUUAACAAGCACUUCGCCAACAGCGAGGAAGCACCGGGUAACAUGGGCCUGUGGGAUCAGGCUCUUGCUCUCAGGUGGUUACGCGACAACGCUGCUGCUUUCGGCGGCGAUCCUGACCUUAUUACCAUUUUCGGAGAGUCUGCUGGCGGCGGUUCUGUCUCUCUUCAUCUGAUAUCACCCGUGACGCGGGGUCUUGUGCGUCGUGGCAUUCUUCAGAGUGGCACCCUUAACGCGCCCUGGAGCUUCAUGACGGGCGAGAAGGCCAACGAGGUCGCUCGUGUUCUCGUGGACGAUUGCGGAUGCAACUCGACGAUGCUCCUGGAGAACCCCGGCCGGGUUAUGGCCUGCAUGAGGUCGGUCGACGCGAAAACCAUCUCCGUGCAACAGUGGAACAGCUAUACGGGGAUUCUUGGAUUCCCAUGCGCUCCGACCAUCGACGGCGUCUUUCUGCCCAAGCAUCCGCUCGAUCUUAUCAAGGAGGGCGACUUUCAGGAAACGGAAAUAUUAAUUGGAAAUAAUAAGAACGAAGGAACUUAUUUCAUCCUGUACGACUUCAUCGACUAUUUCGAAAAGGAUCACGCGAGCGUUCUCGAGCGCGACAAGUUCCUCAACAUCGUCAACACCAUCUUUAAGAAUAUGUCGCAGCUGGAACGCGACGCCAUUACAUUCCAAUACACGGACUGGGAACGCUUGAACGACGGAAGUCAGUAUCAAAAAAUGGUCGCGGACGUCGUGGGCGACUAUUUCUUCAUUUGUCCAUCGAUCCACUUCGCACAGCUCUUCGCUGAACGCGGCAUGAAGGUUUACUACUACUUUUUCACACAGAGAACAAGUACCAACCUAUGGGGCGAAUGGAUGGGGGUGAUGCACGGUGAUGAAAUUGAGUACGUGUUCGGGCAUCCCUUAAACAGAUCCCUGCAGUACACCGAAAAGGAACAAAAACUUUCUCUGAGGAUGAUAAUGGCCUAUAAAAGUUUCGCAUUAUUUGGGGAUCUAAGAGAUGACGAAAUCGAGUGGCCAACGUAUUCGAGAAAUCAUCCCCAGUAUGUGAUCUUUGACACCGAAGAGAAAGGACUAGGAAAUGGUCCUCGUACAACCGCCUGCGCUUUCUGGAACGAAUUUCUACCCAGGCUUAAAGGAGUGCCUGAUCCUGCCGUAAAAUCAUGCGACAGUGCAAUCGCGUCAAGCGUGUCUGCCGGUGCGGAGAGGCUACGUCAUUCGAUUGACAUGACGAUCGUCUUUCUCUCAAUGAUGACGACCGUCACGAUGAUAUAAAGGAUUUUACCGAUAUCCACCACAACAUCCCGUUCGCAGCCGACUAGAAGAUCGUGGAUCGUGGCCAUAAUUGUCAUUCACGAAGUUUAUCCGGCAGAGUGCGGUACGAUCUGGAAAUCGGUAACUCGGAGAGCUGCGUUAACGAAUGGGCGACUUCUACCUGCAGUAUCGACUGAGACGUGGGAAAAUGCAUAAAGACGUAUACCGGAAGACUUCGACCGAACACCGCCAGAUGGCUCCACCUCCGAACCUUCGUCUCAUCCGAACCGAAGAUCAUCCGGCGUCGCUCCAGAUCACCGAUAAAUCUGUCGUUCUCAAAAUUCUUAUGCAUAAAAAUCGCAAGGAUUAUCACGCAAUACCGUUUAUGCCUGAUGUUCGAUAUUAAUCAUUGGGACUGAUUCGCAAGGUCCGAUCAGUUCCUCACGAGCAUUGGGACUUAAACGUAGGACCUCAGGUCGACAUCUCGAGCUUCUUGCAGUCUAGAUCCUAUCCGUGCACAAGAACUUUCUAUGAGCUUCUAUUCUUCCGUUUGGAAGCGAAACGCGACACUAGUCCCCAUUGUAGACUACAGCGAGAAAUUGUCAACGAAAACGAAACUAUGGUGAUUAGAUGACUCGUGUCCAGAGAUAAAUUUACACGUGGUCGGGUAUUGUAGAUCGUCGUAAUUUGUCGAUUGGCUCGUAAACGGGAGAUUUUUAUCCUUCGGACUUUAUGUUGCUAAUUAUUGCGCAGUCAAAAGAAUGAUAAAUAAUUAUGGGUCAAGGUGCAUGUAUUAUUUUACAUGUGCAUUUAGGUGCAUAUGCUGAAAUACGCAAAGUCGUGAAGUCUAGGUCGAUAUGUACAGGAGAGUAAAAAUGAGAGUAACUAUAGUCAGUGAGGUAGUCGGUCAGGUAAAUAGUUUAUAUCUGUAAAUAUAUAUAUACAUGGAUAUAUAAAUUUUCAAGUAACACGUAAUGUUUACAAGGACCAAUGUCCUCGAACGGUUCUGUCUCUCAUCUCAGAAUUUAGUUUUGGGCGGAAACCGAUCAAAAACGAACGAAGCGCUCAGUGCGGUUUUCAAAGUUGCGCCUAAACUUUGAACUAGAUGGAGACACUGUCAAAUAAACUGUUUCGUAAGUUUACCGAGUACCGUCAUUCCGGUAGACUCGUACAACGUUCAACGUGGUUAAGGUAGUUGGAUUGUCAGAUUGUUCUGGGAAAUGAAAAAGGUGAAGGAUCAUUCACCUUCAUUAAGUAUGCAUAUCGCUUAUCACCAUUUGAAAAUAAUGUUGAGAAAAAAAAUUGUGACGAAUUCAAGUGAUAUAUGCAAUUUUGGAUUUGAGAAACGCUGCUGUGCAGUACUGCUAACUGGUCGAGGAGCGAACGGGAAGCGCUUUGUAGGAAAGGAAAGCAAAAAAAUGGAAAAAAAUAACCAAACGUUUUCUGUACUUGUAACAAGAUACCAAUUGGUUGCUAGGCGACGGAAACGGAUGCAGCCAGCUGCAUAAUCGAGUGAGUCGUGCAUAGGUAUAUCUAGAUAUAUGCAUAAGACAUCAGCGCAUUACGACUGGUUCGUUUCCUGCGUUGGAGAUGUCGAUUUUGGGAUUAAAUAGGUAAAAAUCUACUGGUAGAAGGUUAUUUAGGUAAUUAGUGAAAUACCAAAAUAGUAAUUUAGGUGUGUAACAUAAUUGGAUGUGUAUGAUGAUGUCAUGUGGGUAAUCCCAUUUACAUAAGAUAUUGGUAACGUUUAAGGCGUGAGUGUAAUUUUUGCGAUGGGAUAGUCGUUCCGGUAAAACGUGUUAUAAUUAUUGCCGAUUAUUAGAGUGUGAAAUCGUUGAGCACUUUAAGAAGAAAUUAUAGGGAAGCGAUUAACACAUUUAUGUGCAUUUAGAAAUACGAAUGGGUUUACGACGGGUGAAUAAUGCUGAAGUGCAAUUUUUCGAAUGUUUUUUCGCACUUGGAUUUAAUGAUUUUCGCUCCAUAUCCACGACGAAAUGGUUAAACACGAUUUUAAUGUCUCGAUGCAUGACGUUUCGCCAAGAAUCAAAUUUUCCGGUUUAUUCUACCGGAUAAUUUGAUAUUCGCUUAACCGUUAUGGCGGAAAUCAUAGUUAUCAUUCGAAUAACGUUAACGGAUGUGUUUCUUAUCAGUCUUUAUGAAAUAAAUCGACAUCGACACUGCCGACUCGAAUCGCGUUCUUAUAAAUACAAAUUAAAUGCUUUCAACAUUUUAUAUGGGACUAAUAAGUUCAAUCGUACCAACUGAAGUUAGCUCGCCCAUUUGAUGUUCAUGGGAAAGACAACUUCAAGUGAUGCAUUUGAAGUGACGAGUCUUGUAUAUAUUUGGCACUGGUAUCUGCUUUCAAAAUACAUUUUCUUCUCUCAUAUUAAUUCUAACUGAAUUUACUGAUAAAAUAUUUUUCAUUAAAAGAUUUUUCUAACUUAUUGAACUCCAAUAAUUUUUGGUGUCCAAAAAUUCAUUCUUUCUCAUAAGAGAAGAUUUAAUAUUAAUUGCAGUCGUUGAAGAAUCGAAGGAUUUAUUAACAAAAGCAAAAUAUGUAUUUCUUUAAAAGUCCGAAAAAUUGGAAUAUAUAAAUUUUUCACGAAAACUUUAACAUGGACGAGUAAGAAAUAUUUUGUAAUUAGUACAAGCUGCGCCAUCUGGAUUUCAAGUGUCUCGUGCUUUUUUGAUUGCCGACGUUUCAAGCCAGGGAGCGUAAAUUGUCUUGUCACUUUGUUCUCACGGCUCGCCCUUUUCUCCAUUUUUUCGUCGGCAGAGUCGAGCGUCGGCGUUAACCAAAUCCCCAGGGGCUUGAAAUUGAUUUUCUUGGAGCGGAAAAAAAAAAGAAAUGGCGAAAAGUUCGAAACAGUCCACCGAGGACUCUAAACUCAAAGGAACGCGAGAGCCGCAUCGCACGGACGUAAAUCGCGAUUAAGCCAAAACGAGAGGGGAAAAAAAACAAGAAAAAAAAAUUGAUAAAAUAUAAGAAAGAAAAAUACGACGAGAAAAGGCAAACAAAAAUUAUAGGAGGAUUAAAAGAAAGAAAAAAAAAGAAAAAAAAAAGAAAAGUUAAAGAAUUACGAAGUGCAAUCUCAGAGAAAUCCAAUAUAUGCCGCGUUGUAAAUGCGUGCGUCUAAAUUAAAUGACGCAGGAGAUGCGCAACCGACGCGAUUCUUCCAUUUGGUACAUAUCACCUCUAAAUAUACACAUAUUACAUAUACAACAUACAUUAAUCUAUAAUUACUAUCCGUAACAGCGUAAACGUAGGGGUAGAACGGCGCGAUCGUCACUAAUUAGCAUCAAGCGUUAAAUGUAUAGCGCGACGCGUACCACAUAGAAGACUUGGGUAUUUUGAUUAAAGACAGAAAAGGAAAAAUUAUUUUCUACGAAAUUAUUCUAGGGACUAUCUAGUUGUCCAAUGCGACGUGGCGUUACAGAUUUAUCGGAUCCUGGCGUAUCUGUAGCAGAAGACAAGAAAAGAAAGAAAAAAAAAAGCAUCAAGAUCCAGUAACAUUAAAAAUCACUCCUCCCCCGGAGAGAGAAAGAAGGUGAAAAGAAAUUCGAAUUAAAAAAAAAAAAAAAAGUCACGUAUCAUCAACUUUUUCGAAUAACCGAAUAAUAACGCAAAGCCUGCGUUGGCAUUAUUCAGCAGGUGUACCACAUUAAAGGUCCUUAAACGUGAAAGCAUAACGACCGUUAUCAGUCGCGAUUAUUGAUAAGGGCAAAUAAAAAGUGUCUGCGCAGCAGUGCGAAUGCAUAUCAACCACGACUGUCUAUGAUACAAUCUGUAACGCAUUCGCAUAAAGAUUCGCCUAUCACGAUAUAGCUGAAUAGCGAUAACUCUAGAUAUUAGGAAAACGUAGGCACAUUGGCGUAACCAAGGCUUCUUUAGCGUUAAGCGUGUCCUUACAUAUCAUUAGCAUUGGCCGUAUACCCCGUGUAGAAUAGUUAGCGCGCACGUAGCUCUAGAGUUAGUGCCUCGAGUUUACGAAGGAUGUUGAACGUUGAACGUUAAACGUCGAGCGUCGUGCGUUAAGCGUUGUGCGUUGAACGAACAAUAAUAAGUACCUAUAUACAUAUUAUAGUAACUGCGUUAGCCUCAACGUAACGUACCCGCGUAUCUACGUUCCUACGUUCGUUAAUUCGCUACGAUUGGUAAGAUUAGUCGCGUGACUUAUAUACGGUGUCAAUAAUUGUCAGCUGUCAAACCGCGAGAACGGCGGCUUUGUAAAAACUGUCCGACGAUCUACCUGACUGCACCAGCCUCUAUGCUAAAAUUAUUUUUGUACCUUACUCAACUGUCGAGUCGAUUUAUCGAUAAACAUCAAUCAUUGAUUGACUAAGGGUUGAUAUCGGACAUUUUAUUCGAUGCGACACAAUGACUCUUUUUUAGAUAUUUAUUUUCUUUUUAAAUAUAUCUGUAUAAGUGUUUUCGUCACAAAGCUUUUUUUGGCACGUAUUGAAUUUCUCAUAUUAAUAUUCAAUGUAUAUCUUGGAUCAAUGCUAUUGUAACAGUGCCGAAGCCUGAUCUCUGGAUUUAAUUUCACUUUAUUUCUUUUAUUUUCAUUUUCAACGAAUUCGUCGAUUGAACUUUGACCUUUCUCGCGUGUACUGCAAUCUUUGCUUUUUCUUUGUAACUACUCCACGCUUUUCAAGCUUCGGACUUCGAGAGAAGUUACCGAGCUAACAAUGGAAGCGCAAGUUGAUUUUCGAACUUUUGGCUUGGCUUUAAACACAUCCUUGUACAUUGUCGUCUCGCGUGCUACCGGAAGCUCCGGGGUUUUCUGACAAAUAUCGAAUCCACCGAGUUUUCACUUGGACGACUAUCGGCGGAAAUGGGUACAAGAAUAAAGGAGGCGUUCGGCGAAUACGCCGCAAAAGUGUCACGACGAAGCGCACGCGAAUUGAUGUAUCUGAAGAUUCGCGAAAGCUUUUAAAAGCCGCUCUAAAUUCGAAACUCAAAGCCACUGUUGCUUCGUGAAAAAGGGUGCUGCGAGAGUUUCUAUUGAGAUAUCGUGAAAGUUAGCGCGUAUGGUUUAUAGAUAUUCGGCAGUUUUAUUCGCACGUAAAUGUAUGGUAAUUUAUGUAAAAUUUUUUUUUACAGGUUAUAUGGAACAAAGAUGGCGGGUGUUAUAAGAAAAUUUACUAAAAAAAUCAUUGAAUCGCAUCGCGGCUAGUGACUGGUAUAUUGAAAAUCUACGCGACUGAUAAGAAAUGGCGAUUUUCUACAUCCGUAUCGUUUUAAUCUCUGUGACGUCAUGACGAUUAUAAAAACUCUACGAGCUACGUAUCGAUACCUGCGUCUUUUCUGUAGAUUCGCAGGGCCUAAGCGACGAGGACUUUUCUUCGUUGUACAGCUCGCACCCGCUGAUCGCACGAAGCACUGUUUAAUACACGAGCGUAGAUUUUUCAAAUAUCACGUAUAAAACCUACGAUACCUUCGGCCUAGAGAUUUUCGUGAAUUCUUGAAAUUUCCAAAUUCAAGAUAACUUUAACACAGCAAAUAAAAUGGAAGAUAUGAAAUUACGCUAUCGUGGGGUCUCAGUGUCCUCGACAUUGUCGUGGCGCAAAAAGACCUUAAAUUGGAAUAACCCGCUCGAAGUGAAAAAUCGAAUUAACGAACACGAGCCAGGGACAAAAAUAUCGAUUUCGUUGUCAUACGAGAAAUUCGUAAAAUUUGCUACGAAAAAAAAAAGAAAAAAAAAAUUGACAAAAGUUCGACGACAAAAACAAAAACUUUGUAUCCCGUAUCUGGGUAUAGUUUGCACGAACAAUCGAGAAGCACAUAGAAAAAAAGUCACUAGGAAAAAUUUCCCUAUGACCAUGCAUACGUAUUUACCUUCGACAAAGUAUUUCCCCAGGGAAUAAAAAUGAUCCUUCGUAACGGUCCAAGAAUUUACUUGAUUUUUUCCCCCGAAGUUAAAUACUAAUCUGACCGUCGUUUAUUCCGAUCUAAAUUUUCGUUUUAUCACGUGUGCACGUUUACGCACCAUGUAAACAGACAUCUCCCGUACGUACGUGAGAUUAAACGUAUUAUCGGUUAAAAAAAAAAACCAACACUCUUUGCCUUUCUGUAAAUACGCGAGAAUUAAAAAGGGGAAAGAUGAAAAAUAAAUUUUCGUCGAUCAUCCAUAACUUAGAACGACGCCACUACCAUCUGUUGGCACGAAGCACGAACUAAAGCCACACAAUAGACAUACACGUACAAGGUGGUACCGGUAUUGAUUAUUGGCACUAGAAAAAUAUUCAAAAUUAUUGAUACCGAUAUUAAGUAACAGUACAGGUACCGGUUAACGUUUGCAGGGUAUAAAGUGGCAGCGUGCGGAUCGUAUAAUUAAAUAAUUUUUUUUCUUUAUUAUCCGUUAAUAGAUUUUUCUUUCAAUUUUUGUUAUUUUUUAUUCACCCUCUAUCUCUGUCUCUCUCUCUUUCUCUUUCUCUCUCACAUUAAUUUUUACUCUCAAUUUCUGUCUAUCUCUCUGUCUAUGAAAACCAAGCCGAGGAUGUUGUCGCCCGUUCGAAAUACCCCUUGAGGGCACCUAGCGUACCGAGACGCAGAACACGAUAUAACCGAAUACAUUAGAUUAACGUAUAAAUGAAAAAUGAUUAGAUUAAUUAAUCGGCUGUUAUAUUUUUCAAUGUCCGUGCGCUAGGAUCCGAUGCCGUUCGAACGGUCUGUACUCUACUGUGAUGUGCUUUCCUUGUCUAUUGUUUACUCAAUGUCACUGCUUAGGAUUAUUAAAAGGCGGAAGCUCUGCUUGGAUGCAACGAAUUGAUUUUUCCUUUUACACGUGUGACGCGUCAACGAUUUUCCUCGAUUUUAGGUUAAAUUCAUAUACCGUCUUUAAUCGUAUUAUUAUCGUAGAGCUAUCACGAAAAUUUAUCUCGAGCCGAAAUUACAUAACUCAAGACUCACUUUCCCGUCGAUCACACGUGUCACCGAUAAUAAUAUUUGACAAUCAGCGAGAUCCUGUCGUUUAAUCGUAUACGAAUUAUUUAUUAAUACAAAUUCACAAUCGAUUCGCUGCAACAAGUUCGACUUCGAUCUAAAUGAUAUCUCUGACCCGAAGGCAGUGACGGUUCGUUUGGCCAAAAUCCGUUUCAUCGUAUACGAGCCACGUGUAUUUUUUUUUUUUUUCAAUGACUCAUUGGCGAUGGACAAUCAUUAUCAAACAGCUGCGAGCAAAUAGAUCGAGCCACGAGUUAACGUAAGUUCCGAUCAGAAGACUUUUGCGUUAUAACCAAAAUCGCGUAUAGCUGUAAUAAUCGCAUGAAAAAAAAAAUUCAAAAUCGUAUAAUUCGAAUUCAGGUCCAAUUAAAUAUUAAGUAUAUAAUAUAUAUCGCCAAUUGUUUACUUUGCAUAUAAAAUUCACGAAGGCCGUAUAAGUCGAUAACGAAAUUUUGGAAAAAAAAUUUAUUUCCAAAAAUCACACCUAUAACUAUCCACCCGGUACAGCACGAUACCAGUAUCACCCAAAUACGUAAAAUUCGUACGAAUAAUUUUGAAAUGUCAAAUUCGAAAAAAAAAAAAUCGAAAUUCCAAAAUUUCAAUUUUAACUUCGUAAAUCGCGGAUUUAUCGCAUCGAGUACCAGUAUACGUAUAUGUAUAUGUAAAAAAGUGACCUAACUCAAAAUUUUGACGAACGUCCGUCAAAACGAUGAAACGGGAAUUGGCAUGGCGUUUGGUGUUCCUCGCGACUCCUUCUAUACGAAGUCAAUGUAGAUUAUAUAGUACGUAGACCUUAAACGUAUCUUAUCGAAUCUGUAAGAUGUACAUAUACCUUAUAUACUUUGAAAGAAAAAAAAACAUGUAUUUACGUUAAAACUUGUAUAACGUACUUGUGCAUUUAUAUAGGCCAAACGGUUUACCAUGUACACGUAUAGACGCACAAACGUUGGCGCUAACGAAUCGUCUGGCGUUACACGCGAAUCCUAAUGCAUCUUCAAUGUUUAGCUUCCCCGACUGACAAUGGGGGACGAAUGAAACUUCUUUUUGUCCCGACUACAAAGCCAAGUCGUUCUCCGGUAUCUGUCUAUGUUCUAUCUGCUAUGCUCUCUGUGACCUUAAAAGCACUGUCUACUCCCCGUACCAUUUCAAAUCCACUGUACCUAAGAGCAAAUGACUCUAGAGACGCCGGAGCAGCUUCUGUGCUCAGAUGCAGAUCGUUGAAUAACGUAUGAGCGAAAUAGUCUUCUGCUACUUUACCUCCUCUCUAUCUCGCUCUUCGUCUUUCUUACACGUUAUACAUCUCGCUCCCAUUUUUAUAUCUUUUUCGUGUAACUGUAAUAUCUGCAUCAUUGAUCUUGUUCGUGUGUAUAUAUAUAUAUAUACACACCUGCUUUAUGACCAUCCUAUAUUUUAUGUACACUUCACCUGCACACCUGACAAGUUUACAUUAUUUACUAAAAAGGAACAUUUCGAAAAAUGCAAUUUCUCAUAAGACGUUUUUUCUUCUCAUCGCGCAAGAAUGUGGGAAUGAAAGUGUGAAAGAUAUAAAAAAAAAAAAAAAAGACAUUUGAGCAUCAAAUUCUAUUACACUGAUGUAUUAUCCUGUACAUAAUGCAUUCUUGCACUUUGAUGCAGCCUGGUGCAUAUGCUGCACAGCUUGUCCCGCGGAGUGGGAAUAUUUAUGAGGAGCGCGAAGACCGGGAUAUUGCGAGAGUAAAGAGAACGAUAGAAAUUGCGUGGAAAUGGUCCAUGGGAAGAUUCGUAUGUGAGAUGAGCAGCAUCCAUAAAUGUUUUUUUUUUUUUAGUCACUUUGUUCCCUUUGAUACGAAGGUAAUGGAGAAUGUCAAAAUUGAGUAAAAAAUAUAUAUGUUAUACGUCAGCAUUUAAGUGAUCGUUAGGGUUGAGUAAUUUUUGUGGAAAAAAAAAAUCUGGUAUCCCCACUCUUAAAUCAGGGUAUGAAAAAUUACUCUCUUACGAAAAAUAACCGUCCCACCUAUAUCACGUGGGGGUUCAAGAACGCCAAGCCAUAAAUUAGCCUAACGUUUGUGUGCGAACUAGAAAAUGCGAAAUGCUCCUCUCCUUUAUCUUUUAAAGUGUCGCGCGUCGCUUCGUUGAUUCUCUUCCUCUCAUUGGCCAAGAACGGGAGGAGAGUCUUGACGCGCGACGGGCACGACCAUACAGUUUUGUGUAUGCCCGAAGAGAAAAGGAUAGUUUGAAAAAAAAAAAGAGAAAAAAAAAAUUAUGAAAAAGAUAAAAAAUAAUUCCAUACGUGAAAAAAUUGACGGGAAUUUUCUCUUUUGUAUUUUUUUUUUCCCUUUUCUUUAUGUCUUUGUUCGAGUAUCAACGGUCGGGACCACUUUGCGAUGUAUGCCGCGUACAAUACUUAGUCAAUUAUCGAUCGAUCGUCAAUGAUCUUUGCCUAGAUACACUUCGGCGCUUAUACGUGACUGUUAUACUUCGCUUCGUAACGUUGCUGGAUUAUUAUUAUUAUUAUUUUUUUUUUUUCAUGCGAAUUAAUAACGACGCUCUAUUUUCAUUCGAGUCAUCGAUUUCAUAGCGACGACCUCUUUCGAGUUAACGUCAUAAAAUCCAGGCUAACGGGUGGUCGCGAAAUGUCAUUCGAUAAAGUAUCUGUCUUUACGCGUGUUGACUGAACGGAAGAUAAAAAUUUUGCUCGAAAAUCAUUCACGUAGAUAAGAAUUUGAAAAAUUUACCUAAAGCUCAAUUUUUUUUAUCGUCGCUUCCCAUGCGACACUUUUUGUAUUUUCGUGCCCACUACGUAUAUCCUGGAUCGAUUUGAUUCGAGGGUUAUCGCUGUUAUCAGUAAAUUUUACCACCGAUCGACAUCGAUCCUCCGGAUCGAAUGCCGGGGGUGAGUAAAAAAAAAGUAUUUGUGAAAAUGAACGCCAAUGAGAUCGAGGACGGUAAAAGAAAAUUGGAACACCCGGUGCAUCGAGGACAUGAAAAUAUAAUUGAUAACGUUAUCCCCGGUAAUAUAUUCGAAAUCGAUGCACCGUGUCCGCUAUAAAAAAUCCUUAUCAAAGUAUAAAGUCAAACGAAAAUAAAAGAAUAAUAAUAAGACGAGCCACACUGACGUGUAAUAUAAUGAGAAUAGCCUUCGAAAUAGCAAAGUAGUAAAAAAAAUUCAUCGGUGUGCUAUUGAGAAAAAGAAGAAAUAAAAAAAAAAGCACGUGUAAUAUUAUCAGCCAUGGGUUGCUUUGCUUUUAACAAACGAGACAAGCAGAAAUAUUACGUUAAAUGUUGUUAGGUUAUAUAUAUAUAUAUAAAUAAAUAUUAUCAAUGUUACCGUUGUAUGUAAUUAUUAUCUCAAGCUAUGUAAAAGACAUGACUGUAGUUAUCACGAAUAAAUUAUACGAUGAUUACUACGAUA